AUGGGAGACACGACGGAAGGUCAAGUAUUUCUUGGCGAUACUGUAAUGCUUGAUGGAGAACAGCCCGUGACGUUGUCAGAACUAUUGGAGACUAUAACAGGAGUUGAGAUGCCGUUGUCAGAAGAUCUGCCAGUCAGCCUGUGCUCGACUUGCUCGGUGUCGGCACUGAGCGCGGCCGACUUUCGGACAGUGUGUCGGCAGGCCGCCCACAAGUGGGCCGCCAUGCUGCAAUUGCUGGGCACCCUGCCCGAGGACGGGAACGAGUGCAAGGCACUGCUCGCCGUCAUGGAGUCCGACCAAAUGGUCAUGUUUGAAGAAUACGAGAGCGUCACGAGUGCCGAGUCGGCCGCGACGAGGCUCACACUCAGACUGAAUCCCAAAGAGAAGGAGACAACCGCUAACCGACCACCGACAGGCUACCGCUGCCAAUGCCCCGACUGCGGCAAGAAGUUCCCGUACGUGCAGCAACUGUACCAGCACCUGAAGGAGUCAACGGACCUAAAGCGCGCGUGCUACGUUUGCGCGAAGAUCAUGAGCCGCGACGAGCUGGUUUCCCACCUGCGGACGGAUCACAACCGGAACCCGCACGACUGCAAAGAGUGCCCGGCGCUGCUGCCCUCCCGCGGGCACUACGAGCAGCACAUGAGGAAGGCGCACGCCCCGGGCGCCUGCACCUGCGGCGACUGCGGCCGCAGCUUCCGAACCUCGAACGCCUUCCGCGCACACCUGUCCGUGCACACGGCUAAGACGUGCCCCGCCUGCAAACGGCCGUUCCGCAACCAGACCUGCUAUCUACACCACGUGCGCCAGUGCUGCGAAUUGGGCGGCGGAAAGGGCGCCACCGUCGUGCAGAGCGGUGGCCGCCGGGUCAAAGUCGGGCUGCGCGGGAGGGCGGACAAGGAGUGCGUUUGCGACUACUGCGGCAAACGCUUCGCCGGCAAGAAGUUCGUAUGCGCCCACAUCCAGAUCGUCCACACGAAAAGCACCCACCGGCCGUGCGCGUACUGCGGCAAGUCGCUCGCGGCCGCCCACAUGACGGAGCACGUCAAAAAGCACGAGACGGUCAGCGCCUUCACUUGCGAGCUGUGCGGCGUCGUGCUGAGGACGAGGCUCGGUUACGUUCAGCACUUGAGGCUCCACAGCGGCGAGCGGCCGUACGCGUGCCGCCACUGCGGGGAGACCUUCUCGGCGUCGUCCAGACGCUCGGAGCACGUGCGGAAGGCCCACGGCCCUGAGGCGGUGCCGAAGCACGCGUGCGAUCGGUGCCCAGCUAGAUUCAGGCUGCCGUACCGUCUGAAGAAGCACGUCGCGUCCGUACACGGCACCGGGCAGCGGGAUCCCAGCUUCGAGUGCAGCGAGUGCGGCGAGCGGUUCGGCAGCUGCCGCGGCCUCCUGCACCACAGUAGGACGCACCAGCGCGCAGCACCGGCUCGGGUGGCAGUGCAGAAAAAGAGGCAGAUGGAGUGCCGCGUGUACAGCGAGCCAACAAGAAACUCGACCGGUCCGGAUGGGAACCAGUUGACUUCAGUGGAGGAGGCGGCGGACUUUCCGCACGGCGUUUGCUCCAACUGCACAAAGAUGGCACUCGCCGCGAUGCAUUUCCGUAAGGUCUGCCUCGAGUCGGCCAAGCAAUGGGCACGCGUUGCCUCCCAACUCGCGCACGCCUCCGCGCCCGGUCCACGAGACAGGGCGCUUUUCGUCUUCUACGACGACACGAAUAUCAAAGUGCUAAGGGAGCGCAACCAAGUGGUGACAGUAGCCCUCGCCGUAAACAGACUGAACCAAAGGCUCCGACCGUCCAGCGCGAGCAAAGCUAUCCCCAAGGUGAGGAAACCGCGCAAAGGCAAGCGCUGGCGGUGCCAAGACUGCGGCAAGGAGUUCACGCUGCCGUGCUACUUGAACCAGCACCUCAAGAUGACGAUGAAGAGGGCCUGCACCCACUGCGGCGCGAUCGUCAGCAGGGAGAAGCUGCAACAGCACCUGCUGAGGCACCACGGUCAGCGCCUGUUCCGCUGCAAGACCUGCCACCAGCUCUUCCACCGCGAACGGGAGCUGACGAGCACAACGAAACCGCCCACGGCGCUCAGUCGCACGCGUGUCGCCUCGAGCUUCGAGAACCGCCGCUGCUACAAGUACCACGUCGGCCGCUGCGGGGGACCUAAGCUGCAGCCGGGGUCAGCCUACGAGUGCCACGACUGCGGCAGCAGAUACUCUAAGAAGGAGUCGCUGAGGACCCACAUCGAGCAGAAGCAUUUAAACGUGUUGCCGUUCGUCUGCCAGGAGUGCGGCAAGCGGAGCUCGACCCUGGGCCACCACCGAGCGCACGAGGCGAUACACUUGCCGAGGAGGAAGGUGUACCAGUGCUACUGCGGCGCCAAGCUGCUCACCGAGCUCGGCUUCAGCCUGCACAGCAGGAUCCAUUCGGGGGAGAGGCCAUACGAGUGCCCAGAGUGCGGGGACCGGUUCCUCUCCUCCUCCAGACGGCUGGACCACAUAAAGCGGCGGCACACGAGCCUGAAAGACAUGCCCCACCCGUGCAAGCAGUGCCCGGCCACGUUCCUCAGGCCCUCGCAGCUGAAGAAGCACUGCCUGGUCAUCCACGGUGUUUCCAGC